GUUCCGUCACCCAGACACGUGAAGGUCGGCGAGUCGGUUCUGUGCUGGCUUCGGCCCGCGUGGUCGCGCCGGGAUGGACUCCUCGUCGUCGUCUUCGGGCGCGGGUUUGGGCACGGUGGACCCGCAGUUGCAGCAUUUCAUCGAGGUGGAGACGCAGAAACAGCGCUUCCAGCAGCUGGUGCACCAGAUGACGGAACUUUGCUGGGAGAAGUGCAUGGAUAAACCUGGGCCAAAGUUGGACAGUCGGGCUGAGGCCUGUUUUGUGAACUGUGUUGAGCGCUUCAUUGAUACAAGCCAAUUCAUCUUAAAUCGACUGGAACAGACCCAGAAGUCCAAGCCGGUCUUCUCAGAAAGCCUUUCUGACUGAUCUCAGCAUUACCUCUGUGGAAAAGUAGUUUAAGAAAUGAAAAGCUGUUGAUGGGAUAACUGAAGAAAUGGUUAUGGGGGGGGGGGUUGGCUCCCAAGUUUCUUGGGACAUCUUGUCACCUGAGAUUGAACAAAGACCAAUUUUUAUGUAUGGGAGUUGAGAGUCAUGUUUAUUUGGUUGUGUUUUUUAAAGCUAAUCUGUGAAAACUACGGAGAAACCCUGUCUCUAAAAAUCAAAAAAAAAAAAAAAAGCUAAUCUGUGAAAAGAAUUGAGAGAUAAAUGAAAUUACGAGAUGCAUUUUACUGUAUAUGGGACUCUGCUUUCUCAAGGUCCCUUAACUGCUUUAUAUAAUUUUGAUAGUGGAAGUGCUUUCUAUAAUUUGAUAGUGGGACCACAUAGGGUAGUUCUCAAUUUGUAUGGAUUCAUUUCUGAUUUUUUAAAGGAGCCUUUUGCAUCAGAAAGAGCAGCAGUGAGGAAACAACCUGGCACUGUUUAACCGCAAGCUUUCUUAUCGUUCAAGUUUGACUAUCAGAGCUGAAAACAAUUCUCUGGGUGUUCAUACAAUCCAGCCUUUUAGGUUGUCUUUCUCCCCAUACCGUGGUUUACUUCAAUCCUGAAUGUAAACACGAUCUCAAGGUAGUGGCAGCCUGAGAAUCCAGAGGGCUUUAGUUAGUUAAAAAAGGACUCUAGCUCCUGGGCAUAAUUCUUACUACCAGACUGGCGCAGGAAGAAGUUAAUUUACUCUGUAUAGCAGGAUACAGAACAUUCACAGAUGUGCCUAAAAAAUGAUAACAAUUUAGGCAAGUCAAAAAAGAAACAGUUUCAGGUAGACGUACAUGCCUGACCUUAGUCAUAAAUUCAUUAACUGCAUUCUUUCGGUCACUGAAAUAAAAG